CCCUAGCGGCAGAGGAUAACAGCUCCUUUUAUUAACAACACAAACCUCAAACUUCACGAACUCAUCAACAACACACAACUCAUCGUACAUUUUCCAUUUUUCUGUUGAAUCAUUACACCCUUUUUGGAGUAAAAUCAAAUAUUUGGCAUAAAAGUGAUAGAGAUGAAGGUGAUGCUAAACAAAAUUGAUGCAGUGGCAAUCUUGUUAUUAUCUAGCCUUAAUGUUGUUCUUGGGAUUAGAUUUGUGAUUGAUAGAGAAGAAUGUUUCUCUCAUUAUGCUCAAUAUGAAGGGGAUACAAUCCAUGCAUCAUUUGUUGUGAUCAGCAAUACUGAUGCAGCUUGGCAAUUAACUCAAGAAGGUGUAGACCUUGUGGUUAAAGGACCUUCUGGUGAUCAAGUUCAAGAAUUUCAUGAUAAGACAAGUGAGAAAUUCGAGUUUGUAGCUCGAGCUAGAGGUCCGUAUCGCUUUUGCUUCACUAACAAGUCUCCUUAUCGCGAAAAAGUUGACUUUGAUGUUCAUUCUAACCAUUUUUCAACCUUUGAUCAACAUGCACAAGAUGAGCAUUUAGUUCCUUUAUUAGAACAAAUAAUAAAAUUAGAGGAAGCUCUUUUCAACAUUCAAUAUGAACAACAUUGGCUUGAGGCUCAGACAGAACGUCAGGCAGUAGUAAAUAAUGCAAUGAGCUCAAGAGCAUUUCACAAGGCCUUACUUGAAUCAGCAGCACUAAUUGGUGCUAGCACCCUCCAAGUUUAUCUUCUUCGCCGCCUCUUCGAAAGAAAGCUUGGCUUGUAGAAAACAGCUGCAAUGAUCUGUAUGUUCAUUUUCAACCACAUUUUGUUUGCCUUUCUGGGUAAAAUAGCAUGCAUAGGAUUCACCUGAUUCAAAAUUAUCAGUUCUUUUUAGGCACAUAGACUGCAUUUUUGUCUCCAUAGUAACUUAUGUAAACAUCAUCCAUGGAUUUGUUAAAUUUGAGAAAAUUGUUUUAUUUUUAUUAAUGAUUAUAAAUUUGAGAUAUUUAUUA